CUCCCCCUUAAUGACAGAGUUGUAAUUGGCACUGAAGGGGUUCCAGCAGCUUCACCUGCCACUGCUCGUCCAGACACUUCACAGGGGCGCAGCAGCUCAACAUAUUCAUCUGAAAGUGAAAGACGAUAUGGGAGCUUUUCGUUUCACCUUGAAUACUUGCCAGAGUAUAUUCGAAAGGCUCUUAAAGCCAAGAGACCACUUCCUCCCAAAGAAAGAAGGAAAGUGGUACGAUGUGUAGUUGAACAAAUGACAACAAUGUGCUCCAGGCCCAGACGGAACUUGAUUCGAGAGGCAGCCAUCUCGGUCGUUCAGGCCUUUCCCGAUGCCCUUGAGGACCGCAGCCUAGAUGGUAGACUGCUUGGGAGAGGAUACGACUCAUUUUUUCAGCAACUAGAAAUUCGUGUUGCAAACAACACUUAUCGAAGAGUAAAAGCAACUGUUGCGCCGGGUGCACAGUGGUGCAGCAGGAAGGCAGUCAAGGAUUCAUACGGCUGUGUUAACUGGCAGCCUGCGAGGAACUCAGAGCCAUCAGAGGACAUUGAUAACAAGAUUCAAUUUUUAAAACGAGAGGGGAAGAAAAGCCUGGAAGAGAUCGACGUGCCACUUUGUCAUGACUACAUGGAGGAAACAUAUCCAGAACAGAGGAGUUUCAUAAACGCGGAUCCUGCUCCCUGCAUUUCCAAGGUGAAAGAAGAAUGGCCCAUGCUUUUCCACAGGCCGUUCUUCUAUAAGCACGGGAACAAGCUGCUCGCCAAGGACGUAAGGGCAAUAUUUGAUCAAAAAGUGUCAGUGUACGCACUGCCACUCGUUCAGCACUUGGAGUCGGUCCCAAAGAAAGAAGUUAUGUAUACGCUGAUGAUCAUGCAAGAAGCGACAAAAAGAGGCAACACGAAAGCAGUGGAGGAAGCUAUGCUGCCCCUUCUGUGCGCAUAUUUCAAAGAAGAUGAAAUGCAUCUCUUCCGGGUCUUGAAAGAAGAAACGAACAUCUCAGAAAUACUUCAUGAGCUGCCAUGCACCCCUACUAUUGUUGCAUUUGGAAGCAUUUUCCAGAAGAAAUGUUUUGUGACCUGCAAACAGCAGAUCCUUUUUACAGAGCCUGUAGACUUUUCGGAGGCGACCUGCCUUUUAUUUCUGAGCUACUAUGUUUUCAACUUAGUCUAUGCAGAUCCUGUUGCCACAACUCUUGAAUUUCUUCAGAGGGAAAUGUUCACUAUCAACCCCCUUAAAGGCAGCAAAUGCAGGGACGGACGAAAGUCGAAGACAGCCGUCAGCAAUAAGAUAAUGAAACUAAUACAUCAUUUGCGGUGAAGGACUGAAGUCAUGAGCCCAGGUGUGAGCAGUAAAGUCAAAAUAAACUCCCCACAGUUAAU